AGGUCUGCAUUGGUACCGCAGCCCGGACCGGGUCGGAGGGGAGAAGUUGCUUCGUGCUCAAAUUCUGAUGCAAAAAAUGACAAUGUUGGUCCCGAGAAGAAAGCAAAGACUGGUUACAAGGUUGACUUCAAAAUAACUUUGAAAAUUCCAAAUUAUAAGUUGCAGGUUGCACAUGGUGAAGUGUCAGGGGGGAUCAAGAAUGGAAAGGCGGAAGCUUGCAAGCGCAAACAAUGGCUUGAUAAACUCAAACUCAUGAUUAUGUUGCGAGAUGAAUUAAAUCAGAUAAUUAAGGCCUACGGCCGAUCAAGUACCGAGUUCUUAUAUUUUAUUGUAUACGGAAUUCAAGUGAUUGGUUUUCAUUUAAAUAUAUAUGCAAUGAUAUGGUGCAGUGGGGGGGUCUACCUUUUUGGUUUAAUUGACAAAUGCUUAAUACCAAGCAAUCUAGAAACAUUCUAUUCGUUAGAGGAAGUAUACGUGAUUCUCAAGACCCUGCAAAUGAAAGUUACCGAAGCUUCAAGUGCAUUAGUUGUCAUUGAGCAGAAAUAUGCAAAAAAAAGACGGCUACCUACUGUUAAUGACCAGCAAGACUUUGAGAAUGAUCUUGUACUCACUCAAGCAACAAAACAUCAGAGGAUUUCAUUGCCUUAA